UGGGGAGAUAAAAGAGCGUGCUGUAGCAAAACCAAGCGGGAUUCGGAGAGGAUUUGCAACUGACUCGAUGUAAUAUGUAAGAAAGAUACUGAAAAUCCUAUUAUCCCCAGCGAUCCCCUACCGCUCGGCAAGAUAUAGUGAAGAAUACUAAUAACUCUGCCACACUCACAGCGUGAGCCCUAGAGCUAAGCUAAAUGCACAGUACCUUACUUUGAUCCUUUUUACAACUCUCCGUGUGGUUUCAAGCGAAUGCUCCGUCUGUUUUGUCAAAAAACUAAGCAUAGGUCGAGCAAGUCGUCGAAGGUCGUGCAUUCCUCAACGCGCUAAUUGAAAUUCUUGUACUUGGUGCGGCGCCAAGCUAGUAUCUGACACCAAUACAUUGUCUCCAUCGUUUCUACCCCUGGCUUUCAUCUACCCUUUCAAAAAAAAGCAAAAAGGUCCGGAUUUAGUGAGACAUGUCAUAAAUAUCUCAGCAGGCUGCAAGGCAGGCACAGAGGCUAUGCGGUAGGUGACGUACGCGCAUACCAUGUUGUAACUGCCAAUUGAUGGAUGGGCCCGCAUGCGCGCCGAGGGUUAACGAUGCAGCGAUCGGACUUUCCGCGGGGAUUCCCGGCAUUGUACAACCUGAUAGUGCAGAGACUCGGCAGCAGCGCAGCAUCAUGGCAUCACUUACAACCGACCCAAAGUAUCAGUGCAGCAUUUGCCUCGACACCUUGCGGGACGCGCACCUGACCGAAUGCUGCGGCCAACACUACUGCAACGCCUGCCUCGUUCAGUGGGAUGAGAACAACAGGCAGCGGCUCGGGCGAAAAACCUGUCCGCAGUGUCGCACGGAGAACUUCAAACACAUCGAGAACAAGUCACUAAUGCGGGAAAUCCACUCACAGAACGCUCGAGUCAACCCCUCCAAAUCCACCACCCUAGACACCUAUGAUGCCAGUCAUAAAUACUCGUGUGUCAAGUGUAAGAUAGAGCCCCUGGUUGAUCCUUGUCUCACUGAAUGCUGCGGCCAGCACAUCUGCCAGCCCUGCCUCACUGGUUGGCUGCAGGCCCACCGACCAAGGAAAGUGUGUCCACACUGCAGACAAGAGAACUUUGCUCACAUUCUCAACAAGUCACUGAGACGCGAGAUCGACGAGGCAUACACCAGGUGUAUCCACUUCAAAGACGGCUGUUUGUGGAGAGGACGUUGCGAGUGUCUGAGCCAACACCUUAGCCCUAUGUCCCCCGAUAGCUGUGAUUACGCAGAGUCCACAUGUCCAUUCAAAAUGUGCUACAAGACAAUCAGGCGUGCAGACUACGAGCGACACCUAAAGCUGUGCAAGUAUCGACGCGAGAGAUGCACUUACUGCGGGCUAGAUGUCUCCCACAAUGCCGUGAAUCUUCACCACGACGAGUGCCCUGAAGUACUCAUCAUAUGUCCCAACCACUGUAGUAACACUGAGAUGAGACGCAAGGAUUUGAAAGAGCACUUGAACAACACUUGUCCACUUGAAACUGUGGACUGUCAGUAUAGGUAUGCUGGUUGUACCGAGAGAUUGGCACGUAAAGACAUGGACUGCCACGUUUUAGCAAACGCAGAGAAACACAUGGUACUGCUACACCAACACAACCAGAAGUUACAAGAAACAAUUAGGGACCUUGAUGAAAGGAACAAACACCUACAGAAGUGGAACAGAGAACUUACGACAAGACUGCUGUGCAUGCAGUAAAGUAGAUUGUAGAACCGAAAUCUGGCCAUUGUGGUGCCAAUCCAAACAAGGCCACUCUAUAGUAAUAACGUGGACGAUCCCCAAAUGAUGAUGUCAUCAUGAAAUCUGCCAUACCAGUUAAAUGAACCAAACAACUACUACAGGUAUAACAGUAUGGUAGUUUGUACAUGAUUGCUGUACAUAAGUUAUGAUAUUAGUGGUCACUGAGGGCAUGGACAGUGGCUGGGGACGGCAUCAUGUCUUUCUCCUGGAGUGUGAGGAUGAGGCAAGGGAUGAGGCGGGGGAGGGGACCUGGGAGGAUGUGUAGGAUGAGGCUGGGGAUGGGACGUAAUCCGUCGCUGCAUACUGCUGCAAUGGGUGUUAGACAGGGGAGAAGACGUUAGAGAAAGAG